AUGUGGAUUCCACAGCAUUUCGACCCAUCAGCCACCUACAGCUUGCAGCAUGGAGACCCUGUCGCUGCGGUACCUAAUGGAUGGGUCGAUGUUUUCUCCGAGCUGCGCCAAUGGAGCUCCAUCAUCGGCAUUGUCACCGCCAUCAUUGGGAAUGUCCUCAUCUCAUUCGCCUUGAACAUACAACGUUAUGCGCACAUCCGCAUUGCCCGAGAGUACCAUGAGUCGAACAUGCCUCUGUCCAGUGGUGGCAGAAACCUGGGCAACAGUGCGACGACGCAGGAGCAGAUUGCGGAGGAGCGGGCAAAGAUCAAUGCAGAUGCGCCAGGGCCAGGCAAACCAGACAACAAUCAAGCACACAGCCGGCACGGCCUUCACGGAUACCGAGACCAGGCUCCGCAUGAGUCGUCUCCAUUGCUGAAGACUUACCACUCUGGAAGUACUAUCACGACACUGGAGAAGCAGUCGGAAAAUGGAGACGAACGGAAGUCCUAUCUCAGAUCGCCCUAUUGGUGGGCUGGCAUCAUCCUCAUGACAAUCGGUGAGGCUGGCAAUUUCCUGGCCUACGGCUUUGCCCCAGCGUCCAUUGUCAGUCCACUCGGUGUCGUUGCGCUCGUCUCGAACUGCAUUAUCGCUCCGUUCAUGCUCAAAGAGCGCUUUCGGAUGCGAGAUGGCUGGGGGGUUCUGGUUGCCGUUGCUGGUGCUGUCACUGUCGUCCUUAGCGCCAAAACAAGCGAAACCAAGCUUGGUCAGGAUGAGUUGUGGGACGCGAUCAUGCGCUGGGAGUUUCUGACAUAUGUCGGCAUCACUACCGGCGUUAUCCUUGUCCUCAUGUUUGCCAGCCCACGUUGUGGAGACCGCACGAUCUUGAUUGACCUGGGACUUGUGGGCCUGUUUGGGGGAUACACCGCUCUCUCCACGAAGGGCGUGGCAUCGCUCCUUUCCGGCACUCUGUGGAUGGCCUUGACCUUUCCCAUCACCUACUUCCUGGUACUGAUCCUAGUGUUUUCUGCAUUGAUGCAGAUUCGCUACGUCAACCGCGCACUUCAGCGAUUCGACUCUACCCAGUGGUCGACGCGAGGACGGUGCGGAGGAGGACGACGACAGCAUAGAAGAGGAAGAGGAGGAAGGCAUACAUUUGGUUGA